AUGAUUUCAUCUUUGAAGAUAAUCAGAUUGAUCGUAAAUCAAAAUUGAUUCGGUUGGUGAUAGGCGUUAUCAUUCCACACUCAGAAACCAGAACCUGCCGCAAUUACCUGAUAAAUUUCAGUAGGAUUAUUCGCCUAGCCGAGCGCAUGCGUUUGUACCAGUCCAUUGCCCGUGUGCUGCGCCGAUCAGCUGUUUGUCAACCCAGCAACAGCUGUUUCCCUUGCUCGCAUUCCCUCUCCACCACACCGUACCUUACCUUCAACUACCGCAGUAAAAUGGCCCAGGAUUCCCCUAAAGUCUGCGUUACAUCGCCGAGCGCGCCGGCCGCCAUCGGUCCGUACAGUCAUGCCGUGCAAGCCGGCGGGAUGAUGUACAUUUCCGGCCAACUGGGCAUGGAUCCCGCGUCGGGCAACCUGGUUAGCGGCGGCGUGGAGAAGGAGGCCGAGCAGGCGCUGACCAAUCUGGGCGCCAUCCUGCGCGCCGGCCAGGCGGACUACCAGCACGUGGUGAAGACGACGGUGCUGCUGGCCGACAUCCAGGACUUCCAGGCCGUCAACGCAGUCUACGCGCGCUUCUUCCCGCGCGAUCCGCCGGCCCGCGCCGCCUACCAGGUGGCCGCGUUGCCUAAGAACGCCCGCGUCGAGAUCGAAGCCAUCGCCGUCCUGCCCAAAUAAAACAUCGAAUUAAUUCCAGUUUACCACUUCUUUCCGUUGUUUUGAAGGAAUUACGACUAUUUCACUCCCUCGCUGUUUUUGUGCGUUUUUGAUGGAAUGAUCAUGAUGGGUCGAAUGAUAUUUCCACAAUAUAUAAGAAACGAAAAAAUAAAAGAAAGAUAGAAAA